CUACCGGCUAGCACUUGCUAUAAUAAAAAAAAAGUCUUCAAUAGACCGGCAGAAUAAUAAAGAAACCAGAGGGAGAUUCAAACAGAGGAAAAAGAAGAAGAGAGAAAAAAAAAAUGAAGUCUCAGAUCUGUUUAGCCUUUGGAACUUUGGCCUUGUUGUUAGCUUCAGCUUUGGCCGAUGACGUCGUCGUACUGACCGAAGCGAACUUCGAUAAGGAAGUUGGUCAAGAUAGAGGAGCUCUCAUCGAGUUCUAUGCUCCUUGGUGUGGACACUGUAAGAAGCUAGCUCCUGAGUACGAGAAGCUCGGGGCAAGUUUUAAGAAGGCUAAAUCCGUCUUGAUUGGAAAGGUGGAUUGUGAUGAACAUAAGAGUUUAUGCAGCAAAUAUGGUGUUCAAGGCUACCCAACUGUUCAGUGGUUUCCUAAAGGCUCUUUGGAACCUAAAAAGUAUGAAGGACCACGCACGGCUGAGGCACUUGCUGAAUUUGUUAACACUGAAGGAGGGACUAAUGUGAAGAUAGCCACUUUGCCAUCCAAUGUUGCAGUGCUAAAUGCGGAUAAUUUUGAUGAGAUUGUCCUUGAUGAAACCAAAGAUGUGUUGGUUGAGUUUUAUGCACCUUGGUGUGGCCAUUGCAAAAACCUUGCUCCUACCUAUGAAAAGGUAGCAACGGCAUUUAAAUCGGAAGAAGAUGUAGUGAUAGCUAAUCUAGAUGCUGACAAAUACAGGGAUCUAGCUGAAAAGUAUGGAAUAAGUGGGUUUCCAACAUUGAAAUUCUUCCCUAAAGGUAACAAAGCUGGCGAAGACUACGACGGUGGCAGGGAUUUAGAUGACUUUGUUUCUUUCAUCAAUGAGAAAUGUGGGACCAGUCGUGAUGCAAAAGGGCAGUUAACUUCAACGGCUGGUAUUUUGUCAAGUUUGGAUGCAUUAGUGAAGGAGUUUGUGGCUGCUUCUGCCGACGAGAAGAAAGCAGUCUUCUCCAAGAUUGAAGAGGAAGUUGAGAAGCUCAAGGGUUCUACCGCGAGGCAUGGAAAGAUAUACUUGAAAGCUGCUAAAAGCUGUUUAGAGAAAGGUGCUGACUACCCCAACAAGGAAAUUGAGCGGCUGCAGCGCAUGCUUGACAAGUCACUAAGCCCAGCAAAAGCUGAUGAAUUCACGAUCAAGAAGAACAUCCUAUCAACAUUUGCAUCUUCUUAGAUCAAUGUAUUUCAGCUCGUCUAGUGCUGCGGUGGGUUCAAGUUUCAUCGACGUUUUCAAGGACUGGGAACAUCUUAGCGUUUUAUGUUUUGGGUAUCUUUCAGCAGCAAAUCGCUAGGCCUUGAUUAGGACUUGAGCACCAUUUGCGUGCCGCAGCACCAGUAACUAGUAAAAGUUCUUAUGAUGAAAUUUUCUCCUAAAACUAGUUUUGACCAGUGAUUUCACUCGGCAUUUAUUCGAAUUUUUGCUCCUGUUUUUACUAUUAUAGAUUUCCUGGAAACUUAUUUUGAAUUAAACCAAUAUAUAGAUGUGAAAUAACACGUUUAAACAGUA